CAGUGAGAAGGGGGCAGGUACCACAGUGGUGGGGGCUCCUCCUCCAGAGAGUCACGGUGUGUUUUGGUCGAAUGGAAACCGCUGGAAUGGCCGGACGCUUCCAGUCACACCCUCCCUUCUGCAUGCCGGGGAACAGUCCAGUAAAGCGAGAGGCAGGGCGCUGCUAACUUCCACACUCAAGACGCUCGUCAAAGUCAAACUCUGGGAAAAGAAUUCCGUCCCGCACGCCGCUUCACCCGUGUUUUUCAACGGUUUACGUGAAUAUUUACACGGCAGCAGGAGACGACGUUCCCGGUGCAGUGGCGUGCAAUGCUGGGACAGACCAAUUCGACGAGGAACCUGCACUGCUGACCGGAUUUGGGUUUUAUUGUAGUCUUGUGUCGACACUGUUCUUCUUGCCUUGGUAUACUUUACCCCUCGAAUACUUUGAAAAUGCCUGGGAAAACCAAAUACAACCUGGUUGACGAUGGGCAUGAUUUGAGGAUCCCGUUGCACAACGAGGAAGCAUUCCAACAUGGAAUCAACUUCGAGGCAAAGUACAUCGGCAGUCUGGAUGUGACACGACCAAGUAGUCGAGUUGAGAUCGUGGCUGCCAUGAGACGAAUAAGGUAUGAGUUCAAGGUGAAAAACAUCAAAAAGAAAAAGGUCAGCAUCAUGGUGUCUGUUGAGGGCGUAAAAGUCACCAUAAGAAAAAAGAAAAAAAAGAAAGAGUGGAUGUGGGAUGAAAAUAAAAUGAUGGUGAUGCAGGACCCAAUUUACAGAAUAUUCUAUGUGUCUCAUGACUCCCAGGAUCUAAAAAUAUUCAGUUACAUCGCCAGAGAUGGACACAGCAAUGUCUUUCGAUGUAAUGUUUUCAAGUCCAAAAAGAAGAGUCAGGCCAUGCGCAUUGUUCGGACAGUCGGCCAGGCAUUUGAAGUUUGUCACAAACUGAGUCUGAAGAACGCACAGCAGAACACAGAAGGAAAGGUGGACUGCCACGGUGAAAAGAAUGGCAAUGACUCCUCCAUUACCGCUGUAUGUGUGUGUGCUUUAGUUGGCUCAUCUCAAGAGAUACCAGGAGUAGAGAAGGCUACAACUGCAGCAGAGGAGACAGACAUCGAUGCUGAUGAGACAAACCAAAUACCGAUCUCAGAGGAACUGAACAUAAACAGAGGGGUGACAGAUCUGGAUGCCACAGCCAAGACAUCAGACCUCAACCACUCAGACAACAAGGCUUCAGAAGACACCUCCUUGCUGAUGUCCAGCCCCAGGAUGCUGCUCCCUGCGUCAAGUGUACUAUCACCUGGCACCCCUUUAUCUGUACACCACCAGAUCCAACUUCUCCAACAGCAGCUUCAGCAACAACAGCAGCAAACACAAGUUGCUGUGGCACAGGUUCACCUCUUAAAAGACCAGCUAAGUGCAGAAGCCACAGCUCGACUGGAAGCCCAGGCUAGAGUUCAUCAGCUACUGCUGCAAAACAAAGAUCUGCUGCAGCACAUCUCGCUCCUGGUUAAACAGAUCCAGGAACUGGAGACCAAGAUCACUGGACCUAACUCCAUGGGAUCCCUGGACAGUUUGUUGGAGAUUACUUUUCGGUCCACUGUGCCCCCGGUAAUCUGUGACCCGACUACCCCUAAACCGGAGGUGUCUGCCCUGAACUUACCCCAGCUUUGCUCCACUGACGGGACCAGUAACGCGUUUGCUUCCGCCAAUGGGACUCUGGGAAGCCCACUAGUUGAUCAAAGUAUGUUUGAGAAUUCUGUUGCCCAGCAACAGAGUCCUCAGACCCCGAGGCAAGGCCAACCCUCUGCCAGACGAUCCGCAGCAUCGCCUAACUCUAACACGGGCGCCUGCUCCUCUGACUCUCCUUCCUCUGGAGGUCAACAGAGGCUGAAAAAUGCUUUUAAUCUGGGAAAGGCUGUCGGGGCAAAGGUCAACGACCUGUUGAGAAGGAAGGAGUCCAGUCAUGGGGACAUCGGGGUCACUGAGGUCAACAAGAACGUUGGUGCUGUGUGGAGUUGCAUGGACCAAAUCAACCAAGAUUCUCCAAACAGUCACAUAUCCUUCGACUCCAUCCCUCGGUUGGAGCCACCACCACCAUCGGGAAAGAAGCGCCUCCCUCGGGCAUUAAAGACCACCCAGGACAUGAUGAUCUCCUCUGACCCUGUGGUCUCCACUCUGGACGCCGCAGACUCGUCCUCGCCCGACAAGACACCCCUUAUUAUCAAGGAGGAGCCAAGAAGCGAUGACGAUGUGCAGAAUUGUGAGCUGGAUGAUGCAUCAGCAGAGAUCAGCUGUAUUGACCAAGCUGAUAAGACGUCUCCAGGGGGGGAGACAGAAAUGGACAGCAAUGGAAAGGUGGACACAGUGGUAUGUAGCGAUGAGCCAAGUGGAGGAGAUGCAGAGGAACACCAGCUCCACCUGUCUGUGCCAGACCUCAUCAACAAAGAUCCUCCUCUGCUGGAGCCGAGAGCCAAAACCUGCGAUGUCUGGCAAAAGCCAUCAGGUCUGGACUCCAGACUGGCCUCCACCCCCAGCUCCGGCAAAACUCCCUGUCACAUCGGCCCGGAUGAGGAAAUCUUGUUGGCCAACGGCAGUCCCUGCAGGAAAGACAGUGAAGUGGGCCUCGACGACACGGAGCCGCACCCAGACCUGCUGUCCUUUGAAUAACCACUCCCAGUAUGAUUCCCACCAGUCUAUUUCCAUUCUGAAUGCAGUUCAAAUACACUCCAACCAAAAGCUUUGAAAUUAGUUUCAUCAUGCUCCACAACACCAGGAAAAGGAAAUAAGUGAUUUAAGAAACAGGGCAAAUACGAUUUUUUUUAUCUUUUAGGAGCUUUUUAAAUUCAGACAAGAAUUUUAAAGUCUGGAUUGCUAGGGUUCGUCUGACUUUUAGUUUAAACAUAGUUGGAAAAAUGAUUUUGUAAUAAUAAUGUCUUGAAUUAACACCACUGUGAAUCCAGCAUCCUGAUACAUGAUGACGAUGCUGACUGUGGUGUUUGGCGAGGAAUAUUUAGUGCAGCUGCCGGCUGACCUGUGAGGCGCUUUCCCUCUAACUACACAAUUUCAGAUAUUUGUCUUCUUGUGCAUCAGGGGCCCCCUUUCAUUUUGCUGCCCUUGUUAGACAGUUUGUGCUGCUCUCUGCAGUUAACAGCAUGGUAAGAGAUUUUAAGUUUCCUUGCACCGAAUAAUCGCACAAUAGAUGGACGGGUGCCUGAAGACGGCUCAUUUUUUUCUGUUCGUUUUGAACUGCUGAUGCUUCAGUGCAAUGUUUUCAGCUGUGCAACAUAAUUGCAAAAUGCUUCUCUAAUAAUCAUUUAGCCGUAUAAAAGGAUUAAUUUGGAUCAGCAGCCAUGGUAACACUUUACAAUAAGGUACACAAAAUUACAAAAAUGUAAAAAGUAGUAAAUGAGGAACGAACCUACCUAACCCUAACCACUACUCAUUAGUUACUCAUUAGUUCCUCAGUAAGUACUCUAAAUUGAUGUGGCUUCGUUCCUCAGUAACUACUCUGCUCAUUAGUUCUUCAUUAGUUCCUCGGUAACUAGUCUAAAUUUCACUAGUUCCUCACUAGUUCUUCAUUAGUUCCUCAGUAACUACUCUGCUCAUUAGUUCUUCAUUAGUUCCUCGGUAACUACUCUGCUCAUUAGUUCUUCAUUAGUUCCUCGGUAACUAGUCUAAAUUUCACUAGUUCCUCACUAGUUCUUCAUUAGUUCCUCAGUUACUACUGUAUUUUUGUGUACCUUAUUGUAAAGUGUGACCGCAGCCAUUGCUGCAAAGGACUGACAGUGAUAAUAUGCGUACAGGUGAAUGCGACAUUGUAGAUCAUCCUUUCAUUCGUUUGAUGAAGAACUCAGCACGAUACAAGUGAAAUGGAUUUGCCGUUUACAUGCUUCCAUACAUGUAAUCCAUAAAAGUUUUAGAAUCAUUUGACACAUGGUCAAAGACUUGUUAGUUGUAGUAAGUCCCUGCAAAGACGUUAAACUACACUAAGUCCCAAACUAACGAACACAACUGGUUCCAGACGACCGUUCUUAAGUCGGGGAAAAGGUAAUAUUACCGAUGAUAUAGGUACUACAUGUACGUGUAUACAUAUAUACAUAUAUGUGUAUGUAUGUAAAUAUGAGUUUGGAUGCAGUAGUAAUAUUAAACGAGGAUAAUUAAUGGAAAAAACAAUAAUAAAAAUGAUAUAAUAAUACGUAAUGAUAAAUGUUAUUUACCUCUGAAGAGGAGUGGUCGAGCAUAUGUCGGUGGUGGUGGUGGUGGAGCAGGAGAAGGAAUUAUUGAAGAAAGGACAAAUCUUCGUCGAAGUCUUCACAUGUUCCAUAAUUCGAACCUUGCCUUUGUAAAUUGUUGCUAUAGUUGAGCGAUUCACUCCAUAAGCACGCGCUACAGUAGCCAUUUUCUCGCCACCGUCCAACUUCCUGAUGAUGGCCACCGUCGUUUCCAUAGAAAUUGCUUGACGUUUCCUGCCACUACUACUACUACUUGCACUCGAUUUAUCAGCCAUGAUAACGGAAAACAAACGUCUCUGUAAAGUACCGAAUGGGGUACAAACGGCGUGCGCCGAGACGUUAUCAGCGACAAGUGCAGACGAACUAUGAAAGAUUGCGCGAGAGGGAUGCUGCUACCCACCAUUCGUAGCGGCGGAAUGGCCCGCAAUACAAAAAUAGCGCCUUUGUAUUUCGAAAAAAUUUAAAUGACAAAAUAUGGCAAUUUUCUAAAAAAAAUCAUGAAAAAAAAUAGACCAGUCGGCUUGUGUUCGUAUCUACGAGUGUUCGCACAUCGGAUGUUCGUUAGUAGGGGACUUAGUGUAUAUUGCGCCCGUGUUUUUCAACCACUGACAAAACCUUGAUGAUUGGACACCACAUGACUUUUUUUUUUAGAAAUCAGUACAUAAUCAGUACAUAAUUAACUUAACUCAUUCAAUCCCAGCCAUUUUUCAGAAGACAACCCCUUCAGUACCGUCCGUUUUAGACAAUUUUGACUGAUGUUUCAAGGCACACAGAAUGUUGUGUUCUAUGGCUACAUGAACAUGGAACGUACCAAAAGAACGAUUAGACUCCCGUCUUUCAUCAGGAAAAAAAAGUUUGUUUCUACCUUUUCCUGUUCUUUAGUAAUCAGCAGUAGAACAGUUUCAGGAAAAUAUCAGCUCCUGACUAUAAAAGGGAGAAAACAAGCUUUUUGUGAAGAGAUACAAGCAAAACUUUCACUUUGACACAUUUUUUUUUUUUUGCUUUUGUGACAGCUGAAAUAUCUGAACAACUAAACAGCAACAAAGCAACAAAGGGGUUUGUUUCACAUCAAAAUAACAAUUUAUUUACAAAUAUAACACCGUGAACUAUUUACAAUUUUCACAUUUGGAACUAAACUAUGCGCGUCCACGCAUUAAAAUUUCCCUACCGUGCUCAACCUGCACGCUACACUCCUCCUCGCUCUCUCAGUUUUUCCUUCCUGUCGUGUGAUUCGUCCGUUAAGAUGACCCCUGCCGAGCUCUUACCAAACGCACUUCUCCCACCUUGUGGUCGUUUUUACGGCUUAAAAGUGCUCCGAAGUGUUAAUGCAUUGGUGGAGAGUUGCGUCUUUUUGCCUCUCACGCCAAAAAAAACCUUCAAAUCGGGAUCGGGCGUUUGGGAUUAUAAAAAGGUGUAACUACGUCUUUGGUAUUGAAUGAGUUAAUAAGGUUUAAGUCACGUGGCGUAAUUUGGUGCCGUAACUACACCCUAGCUUCUCGCUUUGCAGCUGGUGCGCGUUAAAAGCAAAACAGAAGACGUUGAAGACGCUUCCCACGGUAAUUAACCUGCGUGAUGGCGGCGGACACAAAUGGAUUUCCAAACCUCCUGUACUUGGUCAAAAUGAUCAGUGUAGUAGAAAUUGUGUGCAUAUUUUCCAAACAGCGCACUAAUAAUCAUUGUUCAGGAUGCAAUCACAGCAUCCAGUAAAACCGUGGUAUUCAUGACACGAUUGCAAAUGGAAAAAAUGAGACCAACGACAUUUCCGCAGAAAUGAGAUAACAUAAAGCAACAGACCAAAGACAAAUGUGUGCCUUCUGUUAUUUUUUUUUACAAGUUGUCUGACUUUUUUUUUUUUUUUUUUCCCAAUGCUUGAAUGUAUUGUUUCUAUCUCGUACCUCCACCAAGGUCUUUAGUCUUUUCUUUUUUUUUUUUUUUUGUUCUAUAGCUUCCACCGCUGAGCUCCUUGUCAAACAGUUGCUUGGCUUCCUUGAUGAAUGUUCAUUGAUUUUUUUCAACAGUUUUUAUUUCCGGAUGUUAUAUUUGAUCAGUUGUCGCUACGGCUGAAGAUAUACGUACAGUAUACUUAUACAGUUCAACUUUGUACAAUGUGUUUUUUGUCAUUUAUUUCAGAUCCGUUUGGAAGUCUUUGGACUUUCCUGGCCCACUUUAGGGUUAUUUGUUCGUUUGCUUUCUCGGCUUGCUGCAGGAAUGUGUUUAUAUCUUUGCAUACGUUACAAAAUACUUUACAAGUGCACCAUUGUGCUUUUACGCGUUCAAGCUUGUUACUCAAUAGCUGCACUUUUUCGUCCCUGGAAAAGGUCCAGUCAUAGAAGUACAUUAAUGUAGAUUGCACCUUUUGUGGGACACAAAUUGCUUCCUAUUUCGCGCCUUUCUCAGUGUAGUAAGAAAUAUUUGAGAUACUUUGCACCCAUGCAAGGAGACUCGUGUUUACUGUGAGGUGCUGAAGUGGCCUUUAAAAGUGACCACAGUGAUCUCCCAAACUAACAAAAAUCCCCACAAGACACAAAGCCAACGGUCGUUAGGGUUGUGGCCGCCUCAAUGAAAGGAAUGCCAAGAUGAACUAGAAAAGACACUUUGUCCGUCUAUUUCUGUCGCCGUCUUUGUCUCUUUGUCGUGCAUGCUUGUGUCCCCAAAAGUCCUUGUUAACUUUCAAGCUGUAACUUUACGUCCCCGUCGGCCUCAGUCACACACGCUGAGACUACGGAGGGCCGGGAGGAGAGAGCCGUUGACCUGAUGCAUAAAACCUGACACACGCAGGCGAAGAUACAAACACAGCUGCUUGUAUUAAUCAAAGUAAAAGCAAAACGACGACACAGAGUGGCUGCUCCGAUUGCGUCAGGCUGUAAAAACUCACGAAAAGACGCGAGCGACCACAUUUUUAAUCUUGAACUCAUAAGAACCCAUUUCUGCUUCAAGGGAAAUUGUGGGGGAUAUACCACACGCCAAGUGGAACACAUACAACGCAUUUCUGAUAUCUAAAAUAGUGAAAAUAAUUGAAACGGUGACAUCAUUUCGACAUCGAGUGGCUUGUGACCACUGUUGCUAUUGCGACAAAUGCGUCACGCCAGGCUUUCCAUAGCAAUUUUACGGGUUUUGUUUUAUGUUGAUUCAUUCAAGAAAUAUAGUAAGAACAGUCGAGUUGUAAUAUUUGACACCAGUAUGAGAUUUGUUAAAUGGGUGACCUUUUUAAUGGCAAAAAAUAAGCAUUUUGGGAAUUCGCUAGCUUUCCUGACAUUUUGGGGAAGCCGUAUCCUGGGAUAGUCACACGACUGUCACCCCAAAAUGUUUCGUCUACGUCACUUAGGCUACGCUAUUCUGUUCUUGCUUAUGUGUGAUCUGUGUCUGAUUUGUUUUCAUGACGUGUGUCAAUGUGAACAGUAUAAUUCCGAUUUUUUCCAAAUGCAAGCCAGGCCUCUUUUGGAUGUGGAUGUAAAUGUUUUCGAUGCUACUGCAGUCUGAGCGUCCGAGUCAGGCAUAUCUGACCUGUACGUCAUUGAAUGGUGUGUUUUGCUGUGCGAGAGCUGGGGAAAGGUGCUCACGGGCUACAGUAUGUUCGCACUGCAGUGUACGAUACCCAAUUAAAAUCCAAUCUUUUUACGUAGGUAUUUUUUAUGUAUUAUUUUUAUUUAUUUUUUUGCAGCUGUGUGUAAUGUGAACCCAAUGUGUAAGGGGAGUAACGUGCAUGCACACAAGACACGAUGUCACACGCGUGUGAGUGUGUUUACGGAAGUAAACUUGGCAUCUGAGUCCUGCCGCAUUUCUUGGCAAUUUCAAGGAUUUUGUGCAACCGGAGUAAAACCAUUCAUCUAUUUUCGCCGCUUAUCCUCAUUAGGGUCGCGGGGGCAUGCUGGAGCCUAUCCCAGCUGACUUUGGGCGAGAGGCGGGGUACACCCUGGACUGGUCACCAGCCAAUCGCAGAUCGGAGUCAACGUUUUUACCCAAUUAUUUGCGAACCCCCCACGCCCACCCCCUGGUCUGCGGGAGAUUUGUGGGAACUUUGGGACAGUUAUACACAACCCCAACAUUCAGACUGCAGCAGCAUUCGAUACAUUUGAAGACGUUGGAAGUGUCGGUGGCGUGGAUUCUUAUGGGUUUAAAAAAAAAAGUCCUUGUUUGUACUGAUGAUGACGCAACAUUGGUGUACAUUGUAUACAAAUAGAAGUAUUUUCUACAAUAUGUGUGAAUGUGAAAAUAGUUUUUGUAGUCUAGAUAAGAACAGAAAGAUAUCGCUUUCUACUUUUCUUGUUCAACGCUCAUCAGAUUCUGUAAUUCCGACAAAUGAAGAAAGGUAAUGCGUGAAGGAUUCCAUGACGGCACAAAAGAGCUUCUUAAUCUUGGUUCAUUUACUUUUUAAAUAUAUUUUUUUUGUGUAACAAAGAUAGUUUUGAUAAGUUUUCGAUUGUGGAUAUUUUAUUUUUUAUUUUUCAAACAUAGAACUCAUGUAAUGACUGUACAGCUUGAAGACAUCUGAAAAUAGAGUGAAUUCAAAA